AUGAAUGACCGGCGUUACUACUCGGUGGAGAUGAGUGAUACGACGGCGGUGAUGAUGAAUGAGAUCGUCGUAUUCAUCGCUGCCCUGUGCCCCUUCCUCUAUACCCUUCCCACUCCCCCUCGUCCGAGGACCUCCUCCCCACUCCCCCCGUCCUCCCCCUCCUCCUCCCUCCCCUCCCCUCCCCUCCCCUCUCACUCCCCUCCUACCUCUCCCUCCCUCCUCCAUCCCCUCUCCUCCUCCUCCUCCUCCUCAUCCUCCUCCUCCUCCUCCUCCUCCUCCUCCUCCUCCCUUCUGACACAGGAAAGGUUCAAGCGACAGACAGGGUGUCGUCAUUCAUAUGGCGUUGCGAUGCCAGCAUGUUCCAUGACUCAGAGCGAGAGGUCUUUCCAUGCUUGGAGUGUGAAAUUAUGA